AUGACUAUGGCACAUGAAACAGAGAUAACUUCCAGGAAUAAAUAUGGUAUAGAGUUGGAAGACCUAUCACCUUCUCCGCUGUCUGCAGAUAUGUACGUAGAUGAAAGCUUCAGAGAGCAGCUGGCAAAUCUGGAUACACGAGAAGGUGCCAGCUUGUUGCUGGAACCUGGCUCGGAAGGAGAGCAAAUUGAGGCAGGGGAUGGAUAUCCCGUACAGCCCCAGUGGAUGGAAAACAUAGACAAUAGAAAGAAGUUUCUCUUUCUUCCACUUUUAUUUAUUUUAAAGAUAUGGGAGGGCCCUGCACUGCCCAAGGAUAACCCUCCUAGGCCGAUACGAUAUUUUCCGAAGUUGGAAGCAUUCCCCUUCCGGUUGAAGGAGAUUAUUCCAAAGAAGUUUCAGAUCGUGGGCCUAAUUAUAUAUUUGUCGCUAUGGAGUUUGAUUUGCUUCAAUAUUCUUAUACCAUAUUUGACUGUCCCACCCUCUGAUCUUGAAGAUCCGGACUCGGUGGUAAUCCCGAUAUCAUGUCUCUCACAGGGAUCAUUUUGGAAUGGUAAGAAUGGAGAAUGUGGCUUUAAUGGAGAGCUUUGUCCAUCUUUCCAAGAUAAGGAGGUGGUAUUUAGAUGUCCGGCCCUUUGUGAUCGGGGGUCAUUUACUUUCUCAUUCCUCCCUGUUGGUGACCAGCUUAUCAAGUAUAGAGGAUAUUACGUUGGAGGAGGAUCAUUGGAGAAACUGCAAAUGUCCAAAGACCUCGAUGAUCCAGAGGGCAGAUCAUUCAUUUCUCGUCCUUAUCGUUCAGAUUCCUUUCCAUGUGGAGCAGCCAUUCACAGCGGGACCAUCUCGCCAUUUUUUGGGGGUUGUACCAGAAUAAAGUAUGUUGGGGGUCAACCUCUGUUUCCUUCCACCAUAGGUCAUUACGGAGUUGAUGUAUCCAUCCCAUUUCUUUCCUUUUUCCAAUCAUCAUUUGCGUUCAAAGAAUUGAAGAGUAACUAUCUGCAAUGCUACGAUCCAAGAUUGCUAAUUUUGGUAAUUAAUAUCUUUUUAGGCUUGCCUAUUGUGUACCUAGCCUCGGGUUCAGUAACGUUCUGGACAAUUACAACCGUUGGAUUUUGGACUAUUGCACUAGCAACCGACCCUCCACGGACAGUGGAUGCCUCAAAUAUGGAGAAUUUUGCUGACUUGAUAUCGUUGUGCUUGGGUAGAUUUUUACCCACAUGUUUCAUUCUAUACGUAUUAUGGCAUUGUUCAGUUUCGAAAACAUUAUCAAUUCCAGAUGGUGAAGUAGAGGGCCAGAAUAUUAGAAAACCUUCGGUAUUGUAUAAACUUUUCCUUUUCUAUCCAUUGUUUUGGUUGGGUAUAUUGAAUAAUGUUACCUUUGACCGAUUACCAGUAGAUAGAUUGACCAUUCUGGAUCUCCAAACUCAACCAGGUGCAUUGAUAGCAGUGGGAUCGAUAAUAUCGCUUAUCUUCACUUGUGCUGUCAUCCAGGCUUAUAAGAUCUGGCUCUCAGGGAGGUUUAGAAAGUACUUAAUGAUCUAUGCCUUGUUUGUCGUAGGUUUAGUCCUCGUGGCAUCACUUCCUGGACUAACGUUAAGGAUACAUCAUUACAUAUUAGCAAUGUUGUUAAUACCUGGCUGUGCUACAAGAGGUAAAACAGCAUUGAUGUUCCAGGGUAUACUCUUGGGUCUAUUCUUAUCUGGGGCAUCUAGAUGGGGAUUGGCUGCAAUAGCAGAGACCGCUGGUUCAUUAAGAAGAGAUGAUCCACAAGGAAUUAUUUUCCCGCCGGCUUUUGAAGGUUUCAAUCCAAGUUCUGGAAUGUUGAAUUGGCAAGAUCUCAAUACCACACUAUUAUCACCAAUAGAUGAAAGUUUGUAUUCUAAAUACAACGGGUACUCAUUGUUAGUCAACGACAUUGAGAGGUAUGUCGGUCUGACUACGGACAAAGCAAUGAACUUAACGGAUCUACUUCACUCAGAGACUUUAUCUACUUUGAUAAAUAGCUCCUUGAAGAAUGGAUUCAAAGAUAAGAAUGGUGAUAUUCCUAUUUACCUCAGAAUUGGUAGGAAGGUUUUGGGUAGCAUGAAAUACAGUGAUUUUUCAAAAGCUGCGAUCUUACGGUGGCCUAGCGGAGACUUUGAAUUGCCACUUGAAGGGGUGACUUAG